UCCAGGCGGAGCGCGCCGAGCACAGGGAGCGAGCUGCGUGGGGAUCCCGCUGCGGCCGGGCUCGCGCCGCGCCCUCGCUCCCCCUCCCCUCGGCCCUAGGGCCGCGCGGCCCGCGCCGCUCCGGGAAGAUGGCGCUGCACUUUCAGAGCUUGGCGGAAUUGGAAACAUUGUGCACUCAUCUUUACGUAGGGACUGAUCUCACAGAAAGAAUAGAGGCUGAGAAAGCACUCUUGGAACUGAUUGACAGCCCAGAAUGUCUCAGCAAGUGUCAACUUUUAUUAGAACAAGGAACAACAUCCUAUGCUCAGCUCCUUGCAGCAACAUGUCUUUCAAAACUUGUUACCCGAAUGAAUCCUUUACCUGUAGAACAGAGGAUAGACAUCAGAAACUACAUUCUGAAUUAUGUGGCGUCACAACCUAAGCUGGCUCCCUUUGCCAUUCAAGCUCUUAUUCAAGUCAUUGCUAAGCUCACUAAGCUGGGGUGGUUUGAAGUUCAGAAAGACGAAUUUGUUUUCAGAGACAUUAUUGCUGACGUGAAGAAAUUCCUUCAGGGUACUGUGGAACACUGCAUCAUAGGAGUGAUAAUCCUUUCUGAAUUGACUCAGGAGAUGAACCUGGUUGAUUAUUCCAGACCUUCAGCAAAACACAGGAAAGUAGCUACCUCAUUUCGUGAUACUUCUCUGAAAGACAUUCUAGUGUUAGCAUGUUCACUCCUGAAGCAGGUGUUGGCCAAACCUUUAAAUCUUCAGGAUCAAGAUCAACAAAAUCUGGUGAUGCAAGUCUUAAAACUGGUCCUCAGUUGCCUGAGUUUUGAUUUCAUUGGAAGUUCAGCUGACGAAUCCGCAGAUGAUCUUUGCUCAGUGCAGAUUCCAACAACCUGGAGAACAAUUUUCCUGGAACCAGAAACAUUGGAACUUUUCUUCAAUUUGUAUCACUCGCUUCCACCACUACUGUCUCAGUUAGCACUUUCAUGCUUAGUUCAGUUUGCUUCUACAAGAAGAUCCUUAUUUAGCAGUCCUGAACGUGCCAAGUACCUUGGUAACUUAAUUAAAGGAGUGAAAAGGAUACUUGAAAACCCCCAGGGAUUGUCUGAUCCUGGUAAUUAUCAUGAAUUUUGUCGAUUUUUGGCUCGUUUAAAGACAAACUAUCAGCUGGGAGAAUUAGUUUUGGUGAAGGAGUAUGCUGAAGUUAUCGGAUUGAUUGCUAAUUUUACUAUUACUAGCCUACAGCAUUGGGAGUUUGCCCCCAACAGCAUUCAUUACUUAUUAACUCUGUGGCAGAGGAUGGUAGCAUCUGUUCCUUUUGUGAAGUCAGCUGAACCCCACUUGUUAGACACUUACGCACCUGAAAUCACCAAGGCCUUUAUCACUUCCCGAUUGGAAUCUGUUGCCAUUGUUGUGAGAGAUAAUUUAGAUGACCCCCUGGAUGACACUGCUACCGUGUUCCAGCAGCUGGAGCAGCUGUGCACAGUCAGCAGAUGUGAAUAUGAAAAGACGUGUACUCUUCUUGUACAGCUGUUUGACCAAAAUGCGCAGAAUUAUCAAAAGCUCCUGCAUUCAGCUUCUGGGCUAGCUGUUGAUAUGGCAAUUCAAGAAGGACGCCUCGCAUGGCUGAUAUACUUAGUUGGCACAGUUGUAGGAGGGAGAUUAACAUACACCAGCACAGAUGAGCAUGAUGCUAUGGAUGGAGAACUAUCCUGCCGCGUUUUUCAGCUUAUAUCUUUAAUGGAUACCAGAUUGCCUCGCUGCACCAAUGAAAAAAUAGAACUUGCAAUUCUCUGGUUUUUGGAUCAGUUUCGUAAAACAUAUGUUGGUGAUCAGCUUCAAAGAACCUCAAAGGUUGUACGCCCGAAGAAUGAUGUUUCCAGAGUUCCAGAGAAGGCUUGGAAAAUAGUUAAGGUGUACGCCCGUAUGUCGGAAGUCUUAGGAAUAACAGAUGACAACCAUAUUCUAGAAACAUUCAUGACAAAAAUUGUUACAAACCUUAAGUAUUGGGGAAGAUGUGAGCCUGUAAUUUCAAGGACUCUUCAGUUCCUAAAUGACCUUUCAGUUGGCUAUAUCCUUUUAAAAAAACUUGUGAAAAUAGAUGCUGUGAAAUUCAUGCUAAAAAACCACACGAGCGAGCACUUCCCUUUUCUUGGCAUCAGUGAUACCUACAGUCUCAGUGAUUUGAGGUGCCGAACAACCUUCUACACAGCCCUCACUCGCCUUCUGAUGGUAGAUCUGGGUGAAGAUGAGGAUGAAUUUGAGAAUUUUAUGCUGCCUCUCACAGUCUCUUUUGAAACAGUUUUGCAAAUAUUCAACAACAACUUUAAACAAGAAGUAGUGAAGCGUAUGUUGAUCGGGCUGGCAAGAGAUCUUCGAGGGAUUGCCUUUGCACUGAACACAAAGACCAGCUACACCAUGCUGUUUGACUGGAUGUAUCCAGCAUAUCUCCCAGUUCUUCAGAGAGCUAUUGAGCGAUGGUAUGGAGAACCAGCAUGUACUACUCCUAUCUUAAAACUUCUAGCAGAACUGAUGCAAAACAGGUCUCAGCGUUUGAAUUUUGAUGUAUCCUCUCCUAAUGGAAUUCUUCUCUUCAGAGAAGCAAGCAAAAUGAUUUGCACUUAUGGAAAUCAGAUCUUGUCUCUUGGGAGUCUCUCAAAAGAUCAGAUUUAUCCAAUGAAACUCAAGGGCAUCUCCAUUUGCUAUUCAGCUCUCAAAUCUGCCUUAUGUGGAAAUUAUGUCAGCUUUGGCGUCUUCAAGUUGUAUGGGGACAACCAUUUUGACAAUGUACUCGAGGCCUUUGUGAAAAUGCUGCUGUCAGUGUCCCACAGUGACUUGCUGCAAUAUCGGAAACUGAGCCAGUCUUACUAUCCACUCCUGGAGUGUCUCACCCAGGACCACAUGAGCUUCAUCACCGACUUGGAGCCUCCUGUGCUUCUGUAUGUUCUCACAUCUCUCUCAGAGGGACUCACCACUCUUGAUACAGUCGUCUCCUCCAGCUGCUGUACGAGUUUAGACUACAUGGUCACCUACCUCUUCAAGCACAUAGCAAAAGAGGGCAAGAAGCCACUUCAAUGCAGGGAGUCUGUGCAGGCUGGUCAGAGACUGUUACACUUUAUGCAACGAAACCCGGAUGUGCUGCAGCAGAUGAUGUCUGUCCUUAUGAACACCAUUGUCUUUGAAGACUGUCGGAACCAGUGGUCAGUAUCCAGGCCUCUCCUGGGGCUCAUCCUGCUCAAUGAGAAGUAUUUCAGUGAACUGAGAGCAAGUCUGAUAAACAGCCAGCCUCUCCCCAAGCAGGAAGUCGUUGCCCAGUGCUUCAGGAACUUGAUGGAAGGAGUGGAACAGAACCUGUCUGUCAAGAACAGAGACAGGUUCACACAGAACCUCUCCGUCUUCAGAAGAGAUGUGGCAGAGGCCCUGCGUAGUGAUGGCAGCACUGAACUAUGCAGCUUGGACAUGAUGAGCUGACCCAGCUCCUGAGCACGUUCUGUGUUCCUUUGUCAAGAGACUCUGGAAGGCCUGGGGCCCAGACUGCGAUGCUGACCAGCCCAGAAGAGUGUAUUUUUCAGAACAAGCAACAAAAGCCCUACAUUUUUAUAAGUCUGACCUAAUUAUAAAAAUUUAUAAUAGUGCACAUACAGUGUAAAUUCAGUAUUCAAAGCAGAACAUGUUUUCAGUCUUAUCUGGGUUCCCACAAUGCCGAAAGGUCCAGAAACUAUAUUUAACCAAAGAACAUAAUAAACCAGGCUAGCACCUAGUUCAUGGCUCUGAGAUCAAGGUUGAUUUGAAGAUUCAGCCCUCAGUGUGGGUCCUGAAUUGAGACAAAUGCCAUUUGAACCUGUUGGAUUAGUAGUUUUUACAUCUGGAAAAUGCCACAUUAGGGACUCUGGGCUGUGGGCAUUUAGAAGGAGCCUGGGAGUGCUAUAAAGCAUCCCCAGGACUGCACAUAGGCCUCUCUGCCUCAGCAACAUCUGAUAAAGUUGAGAGACAGUAACACAAUUAAACGACUUACAAACAAUGUUUGCUCUCCACUGGCAUAAAUCUGAAGUGGUUCAGUCUGGAAGAAUUAAGCUGUGCGGUUGCUGCCUGCAGAGAGAUGUCCUUAGGAUUCUGGAAGCCCCAGGAAGAAGUUCUGGAUGCACCAGUACCUAGCUAGUCCUUUUGACUCCAUUUAAUUGGAAGAGAAGCUGACGGUGGCAUGUAGUGUUGGAAGCAGCCCUGCCUUCUUGGACCACCCAGAGCAGUUCAGGUUCUGGCUGUCGGGUUCCCAGAGGAUGGAGUAGCCGCCGUCCAUCCUCCACACUCUUAACCACUGUUGGAUUGUGACUUCAUCCAAACACAGGAAAUGAAGGCCUUUACAGUUUGUGACCCGUCAUAACUAAGCUAUUCAUUUGAAACUGCCACUGUGAAACGGGCUUCCUAUCUCACUGCUGUCCUCGUGGUUCAGGCUUACAGUAAACACUGUGCCCAUUAUUUCUGAUAAGACAUGAAAGCUUGGCCUCCCUGUUGCAGGGAAGAAAUCCACAGACUCUUGUUGUAAUCUCGUUUCUCAGACUAGUGUUUCUUCAAAUGUUUCCUGAUAGUUGAGUUUUGCAACAGGCUUGUCAUAUAAAAUUGAGCCACCUAAGUUUAUCUCAAAGUGAUUGUCUUCCAUGUGCAAAAGGGAGUCAGGGGAAAUUAUGGUCUGGAUGAGACUGCUUGUGGUGUUUAAUGGCAGAUGAGCCUGAACCUUACUCCACCCCACUCCGUUAGGAAAUAUAACUUCCUAGAGAAGACAAAUCCUGUACUUUGAAACAUCAGCUUUCAAAGGAGCUUGACAAGAAUUUCACUUUGGUUUUUGUUUGGUUUUUAACUUGUUUAGUUUUGGUUUUUUUUUUUGAGACAGAGCCUUGCUGUGUAGCCCAGGCUAGCCUGGAGCAUACUGUGACUCUCCUGCUACAGUCUCCUCAGUGAAGUUGACCAGCAUGGGCCACAAUGCCUGGCAUCUUGGAUUUGGGGUGUUUGGGGCAGGGUGGUUAUAACUGAACUCAUUCUACAAAAACUACAAAUGCUUAUCCCAUUCCAGUGCUGUUUCUUCACAAAUGCCCAGGGUCUAGAAACACUAUACUGUUUGCAUUAAAAUGUUCACAAGAAGAGGA